UGACCCAGGUAUAGUAGAUCUACCAACUACACAGUUCACUGUCACAUUAAGUGAUCCAGGUAUAUUAGGUCUACCAACUACACAGUUCACUAUCACAUUAAGUGAUCCAGUUAUAUUAGAUCUACCAACUACACAGUUCACUUUCACUUUAAGUGACCCAGUAGAUCUACCAACUACACAGUUCACGAUCACAGUUAGUGAUCUAGGGAUAUUAGAUCUACCAACUACAACGUUCACUAUCUCAUUAAGUGAUCCAGGUAUAGUAGAUCUACCAACUACACAGUUCACUAUCGCUGUAAGUGAUACAGGUAUAGUAGAUCUACCAACUACACAGUUCGUUAUCACUUUCCGUGAUCCAGGUAUAGUAGAUCUACCAACUACACAGUUCACGAUCACUUUAAGUGACCCAGGUAUAGUAGAUCUACCAACUACACAGCUCUCUAUCACUUUAAGUUAUCCAGGUAUAGUAGAUCUACCAACUACACUGUUCACUAUCUCAUUACGUGACCCAGGUAUAGUAGAUCUUCCAACUACACAGUUCACCAUCACAUUAAGUGAUCCAGGUAUAGCAGAUCCACCAACUACACUGUCCACUAUCUCAUUAAGUGACCCAGGUAUAGUAGAUCUUCCAACUACACAGUACACUAUCACUUUAAGUGGAUUCAGGGCUCGUGAAAACAUGAAAAAACGUCACAGUCGUAAAUCACAGUCGUACCAGGCACUGAUUAUCGCUUUAAGUUAUGCUAGAUUUAGGUAA